UCUCUAUUGUUGCAUACAUCCGACUAAACUCAUGGUAUCGGUUUUACACCAUUGACCGCAAGGCUGCAGCAUUGGGUGCACGGACGAUCCCUAUCGUCAAAGGCAAAUGGCCCGGGAACCUAGAUUUGCUCAUUCGCCUCAUGCAAACCCCCAAAGAGGCCUAUGUCGGGGCAAGAUUGUACGAAUUCUUUAAGCAAUAUAAGACGAAUACGAUCAAUAUUCGGCCUUUGGGUAUGGACCUCAUCAUGACUUGUGACCAUGGCAUCAUCAAGGAGAUGUUGGCCACGGGAUUUGCACGGUGGGAAAAGGGUCCACGGCAAAGGGAGAAGCUCGCGGAUUUCUUUGGAAGGGGUAUCUUUGCGGUGGACGGUGAGGAAUGGAAAAUGCAUCGCUCUAUGACGAGACCUUAUCUCAGCAAGGAGCGAACCUCGGAUUUUGACACCUUUUGGAAAUAUGCUCGCAAGGAUGUCCCAGUUCUAGAUAUUCAAGAUCUAUUGGCGCGCUUCACGAUGGACUCUGCCUCCGAAUUCCUGUUCGGCAAAUGUCUAGACACACUAAAGGGCCGUAUGCCUGUUGCUGGACAAGCCAAGCUGGGUACGAGAGGAAGUGCUCAUGCUAAUGCGACUGAGGAUUCCUUCGGUGACUUUGCCACAGCAUUUGAGAAGGCGCAGAUGGUGCUCUCAAACCGAGCUGUCAGAGCGCAGAAAAAACAGGCAGGGGAGAGCGAAAGUAAUGAUGUGGAGGUGGACCUGACGGGUGAAGAGCCAACUACGCUGCUCGGGGAACUGGUGACUUCAAUCAAUGAUCCUAUUGUUGUGCGCAAUGAACUGUUGAAUAUCCUAUUAGCCGGAAGGGACACGACAGCUGCUCUACUCACCUUUGUUAUCUACAUGCUCUCGCAACAUCCUGAUGUCGAAGAGAAACUGCGCGAUGAAAUCAACAAAACAUGGAUUGACCAAGAUGAACAACCGACAUAUGAGACGGUAAAGAAGAUGAAGUAUCUUCGUGCCGUGUUGGAUGAGACCCUGAGGUUAUUCCCUCCUGGUCAGCAAUUUACUCUCUUGUAUAGGAUACAAUCAUCUCACAUCGACUUUAAUUGUAGUGCCCCUGAAUCAUCGAACGAGCUCCGUGGACUGCACUUUACCCCCGACUGA